GAUCUUGUUUAUUUUGUUCGCAUCAUUCUUCACGGGCUGCAGGUCGGAAAUAUCAUCAGAAUCGCAGUGAAAUUCUGACUCAUUUUUAAUUCAAAUAACAGUGCUUUUCCGGGCCGAAAUACUGGUAUUUCUGUGCAUUUACAUUGGAAUUUGGUCGUCCCCUUCGGUGCGAUUUCUGGUCUAGGGCUAUGGAGAACAUAAACGAUCUUCCAGUCGAGAUUUUAACGCGAAUAUUCGACUUUCUGACAAUAUCAGACCGGAAGCACGUGUCACGCGUGUGUCGUCUGUGGCACAACAUUCUUCACUGCGUUCGCUUCCAGCGCCAGUGUCGGCUGGUAUUCGAUAGCACCUUCGAGGAACAACUGUCCGAUCUAGAGAAACGCAUCCUGCGCAGUUGCCGGAACCUUUCGAUAACUCAUUGGGACGAUACGGACGAUGACGAUUAUGAUGACGACGAUGAGGACGAACAGCUCGAAAAGGAGGUGAUAGUCCAGUUCAAAUAUCUGUUCAAGCCGAGUCCGGAGCGGAACGUGACCGAUUUACUGUUUGAGGAAAGUCUACCUUUAGAAAGCCUAGAGAUCAAUACCACCUUUGAUAGUUGUCGGGACAUCAUCGAGGAUCGUCUACCACAGCUGGAGCAGCUUCGAGAGCUCUUCCUUUCGUUCGAUCAGAAUCGAAACCCGAAUAGCCCAAAGUCCCACCCAGGCAUAUGGGUCCUCCAACACAAAAAUCUCGAAACACUUAGGAUAGGAUUGUCUUACGAAAUCGAUGCAUUUAGGAUAGAAGCUCCCUCGUUGACCUAUCUAGACAUCCAGCCGAAAUGUCGCUGGAGUAUGGAGAUCGUUGAAACCUACUGUCGCCAGCUGCGAACCCUCAAGCUUCGAUUUCAGCACGUAGAGUACAUGGAGUCGUUCCUUUCGUUACCCUUUCCGAGUUUAACGCAUCUACAGGUGCGCAUGUACGACGACAAGGAAAUCCAGAUGCGAUACGCCCGUAAUCGAAAUCGAAUAGUGGACGCCGAACGGGACGAACAGUUUGUUAGAGAUAUGCCAAAACUAAGAAAACUUCUGCUCGAGAGCAAUCUGCUGUUCUUCCGGAUCGGAGUUCUUCUCGCCAAGUGCAAUCAUCAGCUCGAGGAGUUGACCUUGGAGGAACAGCAAAUAGACUAUGCACAACUGAAAGUUGUGGAAUCGUUGCCAAAGUUGAAGAGCUUCACGCUUUUCCGGUGCGAGGUGCUGAUGCCGUCGCCCGCGCUGCCCUCGCUCAAUAUGCCCCACCUGGACAAACUGGAGCUGUUCUACAAUGAAUCGAGCAUCGUGUUCAACGAGGGCCUCUCUGGACUGAAAUCUCUCAAGAUUUCGUUGUGGACGGAGAAAAACCACAAAGUAUUGUACAAAAUUUGUAAAAAUCUUCCCAAUUUGGAACACUUGGAGGUGCUAGCCAAUACCAAGUUGGUCAACACGUGCCUUCGCUAUCUGCAUCGCUUGACGAAUCUCCGAUCGCUCAAGCUGGACAACAGUGAACCGAGUACGUUACUCUGGCAGCACUGCCCAGUGGUGCCGUCCAUCCAGAGGGUAGUUUUCUACAACUGUACCCUAACCAGUGAUACUUUGCUACCGGUGGCAAGGCUUUUCCCCAAUAUGCGCGAGCUUUUCAUAGAUAGGUGUUACUUCAAAAAGGGUUUUGCCGAGGGCAAAAGUGAAAGCGACAGUGAAGGGGACGGAGAUGAGUCUGACAGUGAACGAAAGAACGACAAUAAGUACCUCAAUGCGGACCGCGUGCGGCAGUUGUUUCCUCUGUGCCGAGUAUCGUGCAAAGAAUCGUCAUUCUACUGGCAUCGAUAUCAGUAGAAGGUGUGCUGGAAGUAGUAUUAUAAGGAAAAACAAUGUUGAUAGAUUCAAAUAUUUUUUCACUGAAAAUGUAAA